GGGGGACGCGGCGUCGCGGCCGGGUGCGGGCAGGGCCGGCGGGCCGCGGCGGCAUGGGCACCCGGCAGACCAAGGGCAGCCUGGCCGAGAGAGCCAGCCCCGGCGCGGCGCCCGGACCCCGCCGCGAACGUCCCGACUUCUGGGCGUCGCUGCUGCUGCGCGCCGGGGACAAGGCGGGGCGCGCGGGCGCCGGCGCGGGGCUGCCCCCUUACCACCGGCGCGUCGGCAUGGUCCAGGAGCUGCUGCGGAUGGUGCGCCAGGGCCGGCGGGAGGAGGCGGGGACGCUGCUGCAGCACCUGCGCCAGGACCUGGGCAUGGAGUCGACCUCUCUAGACGACGUUCUGUACCGCUAUGCCAGCUUCAGGAACCUGGUGGACCCGAUCACACAUGACCUCAUCAUCAGCCUGGCCCGCUACAUCCACUGCCCCAAGCCGGAAGGCGAUGCGCUGGGCGCCAUGGAGAAGCUAUGCCGGCAGCUGACCUACCACCUGAGCCCCCACUCCCAGUGGAGGCGGCACCGGGGGCUGGUGAAGAGGAAGCCGCAGGCCUGCCUCAAGGCUGUCCUGGCUGGGAGCCCUCCAGACAACACCGUGGACCUGUCCGGCAUCCCACUGACCUCCCGGGACCUGGAGCGGGUGACCAGCUACCUGCAGCGCUGUGGGGAGCAGGUGGACAGCGUGGAGCUGGGCUUCACGGGCCUCACUGACGACAUGGUCUUGCAGCUGCUGCCCGCGCUCAGCGCGCUGCCCCGCCUCACCACGCUGGCGCUCAACGGCAACCGGCUAACCCGGGCCCUGCUGCGUGACCUCACCGACACCCUCAAGGACCCCAGCAAGUUCCCCAACGUCACGUGGAUCGACCUGGGCAACAACGUGGACAUCUUUUCAUUGCCCCAGCCCUUCCUGCUCAGCCUGCGCAAGCGCUCCCCGAAGCAGGGCCACCUCCCCACCAUCCUGGAGCUGGGCGAGGGCCCCUGCAGUGGGGAGGAUGCCCGGGAUGGGACAGUAGACCAGGAGGACCCUGGGGGAGGCCCUCUGGAUCCUGCCAAAGACGAGGGCAGGGAGACUGUAGGUACCGUUCAGACAUGACACAGAAGUGGGGGUCCUCACCAGGGAGUCCCGGUGGGGUAGGAGGACUGAGGCAGGCUAAGUGGUCCCCCACCAGCAGCUUCAGGUUAUCACCCAAAACUGGCCUGGGCAACCCACACACCGGAGCCAGACUGUAACAUCUGGGAAGGGGGCUGUGCAAUACUGCUCCAGUCCUCUCCCUUACCCCUCUUGUCCACCUCCUCUGCCUUUUUGGCUCCUGCAAAGUCCUGUACGGCUUGAGGGUGAGCAGCCCUCAAGUCCCCAGAUUUGUGGGUGGUCUUGUUUGGAGAUGAAUGCUUGAGCUACUGUGGGUCAGAAGUUAACCCCAGGUAGGAAGUAAUUUCGGCCCUACAUCUAACCCAGUAUUUCCUGACGGAACCUUUCUUCUCUGCCCUAACACCUGGCCAGCAGUCUGGAGUAGGGGCCCCAGAGACUCCAAGAACCUAGUCCCCAUCUGAGGUGGUGGUCUAUCUCCUCCCUGUGAAGCCCUGAGAACUACUUCUCAGCCUCCACUUAAGCCCACACCUCCCCCUGGGGUCCCAGCCCGUGUACCCUUCAACAGACCAUCCCAGGAUGCCUACAUACAUGGCAUACACCCAAAAAAUCCAACCCAGACUACCAGACCUUCACUAAGGCCCCUGAAAAGGAUUUUAAAAACCUUUUCCUGUUGCUUAUGGAGUCCCCCAGAAAGUCAUCAGGGAUACUAGGCUCACUCCCAAAAACCUUCUAAUAAAAACACCCAAGACCAUGAAAA